AUGCCAAAGACAAUCUCGUGCCCUCACUCCGGGUGCGACUAUCUCUUCUCAAAGCCCGUCCAUCUUCGACGCCAUCUCCUCUCCCAUUCCGACGAACCGGUAUGGAAGUGCCCCGACUGCGAUCAGGAGUUCAAGCGCAUCGACAGCUUCCAAAGGCACAAGAAGCGCAUCCAUCCAGACCAGCCCAACCUCACCGCAGUCAAGAUCAACGCUGGCUCGAGCACAGAUGAACACGAAGCCAAGUCGGACCAAGACGCCGAAGAUCACAUCGAUGAUCUCGAUGUCACCUUGCCGCAAGCCGGCUCCAGCUCUCGUCCAUCGUCCGCCACGCUGGCCACAUCGCGUCAAACAGCAGGCACAUACGAUACCAACACCAAUGGAUUGCAUGCAUCGCCGUCUAGCAACUCCGCUCACAACUCCUCCGCCUUUUCGCCUGGCACCCCUACCUCGCGUCCUUCGGGCUCGUCCGCUUCGGCAUACUACCGACCGCAACAGCUGUAUCAUCCCUACGCGCGCAACGAUCCAGCCUCGCAAUCCACUCCAUCGGCCCACCCGCACUCUUCCACCGGCGACGCAUCCAGCAUGAGUCACAGUUCGUGGUCGGCUCAAAGUAGCCAGCCGCAGAUGUACCCCGCUUCUACAUCCGCAGCCACUCCAUCUGCGCAGCUGCCCUUCUAUCCAAACCUCUACGGAGCACCCAUCUCUUGCAACGAUGGCAACGCUGCAUCCUCCACCGCCUACACACAGCCUGCCACUGCCGAUCAAGCGGCACCGCUUUCAAUAGCUUCACUCACUGAACCCUCGCCCUCGUGGGGAUCCAGCUCCAAUUCGGAUGUCGAGGGCCAAAACUUCUUUGACGACAUUCUGCAGUCCAUCCUUAUGGACUCCAUCUCGAGCUUUGUGCCGCACGAGCCCAUGGCCAACGUAGAUUUCCCAGGCAUAACAGCCAUGUCUUCGGAUGGCUACGCUUUCGUCGAUCCAGUGUCAACGCAGCAGCAGCAGCAGCAUCAGCUGGAAAAUCAGCAAGCCGGUCAACCAUUGCAGAGCAACGUCAAUCCGCAGCUUCAACCUCACUCCAGCCUCUCGGUCGCUGCACUGCCCAGCCAGCAACAGCCACAUUCGAUGCAGCAGCAGCAGCAGUCGGAGCCACAAUCCAGCUCGACUUCAUCUUCACAUCCUCUCCCGCAGCCGCUCGCCAAUCUCGUCCCCUUUGCCACCUUUACCGACUCGGCUCACAACUCUGGCAGAUCCACCCCGGCAACACCCCGACACCCACCCAAUGGCAUCAGCAUGGACGACUCCGACGAGAUGACCAGAUCCGUCGAAAAGGUUGGCGACCAGGCAGCCACCAACAUUGGCGCACGCACUCGCGACCUCGUGCUCCACGGCGUCAACAUUCCCAAAAAGCCACCGCGUCUCACUGCUGCUUCCCUGUUCAGCGCUGCUACACGGCACACGCGUUCCAUGCUGCCGCUUCUACCGUCCUACUGGCUGCUCGAUCAUCGCAGGCUCGCUGCAGAGCGUCCCUACGUCUUCAUUUCGCUGCUCGCCAUUGGAACGCUUUGGCAACCCCGCGCAGAUGUCAAGGCGUACGGUGCUGAACUCUGGCAGCUCAUCUUUCGCAGCAUCUGGGCUGGUGCUGUUUUCUAUCUCGAUCAGCCUCAGCUGAUGCGUGAAGCGACGGCGGUGAUGGCCUACACCCACCUCUACUCUUUUCUCUGCCGCGACGAGAGCAUCCGUCGCAAGUCGAUCCACAGCACCUACACCGGCAGCUCGCUCAGCGGAGAGCACGGCUGGCGGCAGGGCAUCUGGUUCCUCGUCGGUCCCUGGGAGGAGUCUCUGCAGCGACUGCUCGGUCCCACGCUUCAGAUGGCGCUUGUUGAGCUCGAAGUGCUGGCGAGGGAUCAGACCACCAACAAGCUGUCGUCGGAGCAAAAGAAUCUGCUGGAGCGUCUGCAUGGCGUUUGGAAGCAGUGGUCGGAUGCGGAAGAGGUGAACCGCAACAUGAUCUGCCACGCCAUCACCGAGUCGCAUCAUUCCGAGUUCCUGUCCUGCUACAGCCAGAUGCGUAGCAUGGGCAGGCUCGCUUGUCAGGCGCUGGUGCCGUGCGCCGACGACGUGUGGGAUGCAAAGACGUCGAUCGAAUGGGCCAAGCUGGUGCUCGAACACAAGGCUACGCGGGAAGGUAACCAGCGGUCGUUGCUGUCGGGCAAGAAGCAGCUCGGUCCCAUUCUGGAUGCGCUGUUCGACGUGGAAGCGCCAUCGCCGACGUCGUCAAAAGAUGGCAGCGCUGCUCACGACGCAAACAAGACCAAGCGCGAACUGGAAAACACGCUCUGCUUCACAGUCAAGGAACACUUUGCGCUGCUGAGCCUGCUCGAAGGUCUGCAUCUGCUCUGGAUCGCUCGACACGUGCCGCCGUUCCGAACGGGUACGUCGUACGCCGCGGACUUCACACCGGCGCAGCCGUCGUUCGCUGCGGGGCUCGAGUCGGCUUUCUCCAUGAAGGGCGGCACCGCAUAUCACAAGCUAAACGUGUUGGAUGCCGAGAUGAUGAUGGCGGCGCUGUCGAGAUGGAUGCGACUGUAUCAUCAGUCGUACUUGCCGAAUCCGGUGGCGAACGGCACUGGGAUCGGUCAGCCUGUUCACGGCGGUGGGUCUGCGCAUUCGGGUGAGAAUGGCAAGCAGGGGGCGAAUGGUGCACGGGUGCCGAACUUGGGACCGAGCAACGACCGGUUCCUGUUGCACUUUCGUUUUCACGUCAUUCAGCUUUCGGCGCUGUUCAAUGCUCAGCACGUCGUACACGCUCUCAUCGCCACGUGUGGAGAGCACGUCGAUGCCAACGAAGCGGCGAGCUCGAACACACUCCGUGGAAUUGCGGCGGCGAGGUCGAACCAUCAGACGGCGAUUCCAUUGCGCUGCGAGAGCUGCGUCGACGCGUCUGCGUGCCCCUACCGCAACUUGCGGCUGCAGCGUUGGGCCGCGGUGCACGCCGGAGCGGUCAUCGGAAACUUCAUGUCCAUGCCGCGCCUCUCGAACCUCACCCCCGUCAUCCUCGAAGGCCUCGGUCAGGCGUUUGGCAUCCUUGUCAUCCUGUGUCGUCUCCAGCGCCCUGCGUCUGUGCGUCGACGCAGUGUCUGUCGCUGUGAUGCACAGGUGCGAGAAGGAUCUGUCGAGCUGAUCUCGGACCAGUGCCUGCAUCUGGAUGCCGAACGACCGAGUCCCGCGACCCGGGAGGCGGAGAUGAUCAGCGAGAGGUUCGAAACGAGCGCCGAGUGCUGGCUGCAGCACGGAACGCUGGACGAGGGCGCCACGCUGUUGGGCCAGCCGAUACAGGACUGGCCGUUUGUGCUGCAGGAUAUGGGCAACGAGCUCAAGGGCGUCGCCGGCGCGUGGCAGACCGCAGAGGAGUUCUUGGGCGUCGCGCAGAAGAUGCUGAAUAGCUUUACGUUUUAUGUUGACUAA